AUGACGGAACUGGUGUCGACGUUUGACCGACUGUCGAUGCACCAGCACCACGGCGCGCACGCCUCGAUCGACGCGUCGAGCAGCGCCAGUCCCAGCAGCUCGUCAACCAACAAGAAGCCCGCGGCCAGUUCGAGCCAUGGCACACGACUGCCGACCAGCAGCUCCAACGCCGACAACUUGGCUGUCCCGGACAUGAGAAGGGUCAGUCAUCAUGUACCAUGUGGCUUUGAAGCCUUGGGGCUCUUGCUUGUGUGUGCUGUGUCGCGUCUCUGUCCCCAGGGGCAUAGAGCCUCCUGUGUUUUAGCGCAUGCGAGGGUGCGAGCGAGCGAACAGGCGAGCAGGCGAGCGGACCCGCGCUUGACCCGCAUGGACCUGCUCGUCAGCUCUCGUCAGCAACCAGAAAAUACGCCCCUCGCCGAUCACGUGCGACGGACUGGCCUGCAUGGACCUGCUUGCCAGCGACCAGAAAACACGCUGCCCGUCGAUCACGUGCGAUCGCCAAAGAUCUGCACGUGUGGUCACAUGGCGCCAACAUUGGGCUCCAUGGUCUGCUCAGUGCUGCGAGUUGAAGCGCCCAGCUAACGUCCGCUCGUAUCCCCCUUUUCAACAGCAACGCUCGCAACGAUUCUCGGUACCCACAUCCCAGUCCGACUCGUCCCUAGCUCAGCAGUCGCAAGCCUCAGUAGCGACUAGUCAGGCGCCACCAUCACAGCCAAGUCUGCCGCUCUCAAGCUCUUUCGCCUUUCAACCCGCUCCGGCCCCUGUCCAAGCGCAAUCCAUACCCCUGUCGUCCUACACUCUAUCUGAGCUCAACGGCGGCUUAUCCGCACCACCAGUCCAACGUUCCUUGUCCGAGGACUCGUUCACCCAUGGUCUCCCCUAUUCGGACCACCAUCGCUACCAAUCGAGUGGCAUCAAUGCAUCUCAGUCGAACCCAAAUCUGAACGGCCAAUACCUCAAUACCCAAACUUCGAACCACCAAACGCCGCCGUCUUCCUAUCAGCAAGCGCAACAACAGCAGCACCAGCAGCAGCAGCAGCAACAACAGCAACAGCAAUCUUCGUACCGGAAGCUCGAUUACGACUUUGCCUCCAUGCCGAACGGAGCAGGCGGCGCGAAUAUGGCGCCUCGAUUCUACGGAUCGGCCGCACCGCGACAUGACGCUCAAUCGUUCGCAUCGCAUCGAGUCGAUCCAUCCCUCGAUUGGCUUACCAGGCCUCCGCAGCAACCACCACAUGCCAUCUCCCACCUCCACCAACAACAGCACCUCCACCAUCAGCAGAGCAUGGCUCCGCUGCCAGGAGUCGGAUUCGAUGGAACAAACUAUGCGGGCAUGAUGAGGGGGCCACCACAAGAUGAUGAAGUGUAGGUACCUUCAGCUCCGUGUGCGUGUGUGGGACUCCCCGAGCUGAUGUUCCCGUGUCCUCUGUGCGAUGCGCAGCAUCCCCACCGCGAUUGUCAUCAAAAACAUUCCCUUUCAAGUGCCAAAAGAGCAACUGCUGGGUGUUAUGGUGCGUUGGGCUUCUAGAGGCCGUCUGCUUGACUCGGCCACUGAUGGGCCUAGGCUCCUUACCCGUCGCAUAGGAGGAUCUUCGUCUACCCGCCCCUUUCGCGUUCAAUUACCACUUUGACAACGGGCAAUUCCGAGGGCUCGCAUUUGCCAACUUUCGCAACGCUUCGAAUGCCUCGUUGUGCGUCUCGGCACUCAACGGAUUCGAUCUUCAAGGUCGCAAGCUUCGGACAGAGUUUAAAAAGGUGCUUAAGGAAGGGGAGAAGGAAAAAAUUGAGCGGGAGAAGGCGUUGAAGCGGAUGCGGUCGACGAGGGAACUGCACAACGGGAUGGGAAUGGGGAUCGGCGUGGGAAUGACGAUGGGCAUGGGUGGUGGGGGCUUUGCACCGGAUGGGGGGCCACCGCCACCACCACCGCCACAGGUCUGGAUGAGGAGAGAACAUUCAGCGUCGGAUCGAGCGGGCUUUGGCAACGUCGCGCCGAUCAACACCGAUGACGACGAUUACGGGCGACCGGUCCAAGGGCCGUAUUCUUCGACCUUCGGAGGUGGAGCCUCGACCUUCGGAGCAAGGGAGUACGUCCCUGCGCCACCACCUCCACCACCGGGUAUGAACGGCGGGGAUGGGGUAUGGGGCCGCUUUAACGGGUCUUUGCCGGCGGGCCCGACUUCCUCCGGGAGUGGGCCGGCGCCAUCCUCGGGCCAGUACAGUACCAGCCCACCGAGCGACGUCGGCACGAGUAUCUCUGCGCGCAUGACCCAAACGACGAGCAGCAGCGGGUCCGAGUCCGGCGGUGGUCGAAGUGGUAGUUCCGGCCCGAUCGAACUUGACAUGAACGACUCGCAAACGCUCGAUAUUUACUCGCGCGUCGUCGUCUUCAAGGACGAUUUCUUGAGGGAAGAAUUCGCGUUCGCUCGGUCCCUGUCGGCGAAUCAGCGCAAGAUCGUUCAUCUUGUUGCGAAGAAGUUGGAGUUGGGUCAUCGCAGUGUUGGGGUAGGGGAGGAUCGACAUGUCGUUGUGUACAAGCCCAGCGCGUCCGAGUCGCCAGCACUGAGAGGCAUGGCUUCGAGCAGGGUAGGUGUUGCUGUCCACGAUAUUAGUGAGACUCAUAGCGGCUGACUAAAAGCACGGGAAACCCCUACAGGCUCUGAGACAUGCCGCGUCCAGUCUGAUCCGUCAGCCUUCGCGGGAUACACUCAACUCGUACCUCAACUCGACGGCGACGUCGUCGACAUCGUAUUCGAACCAAGCCUACAGCUCCGGCCCCAUGGGCUCCUUCACCAAAUCAGCGUCAACCAACGUCUACUCCUUGCACGCCAAGAAAUCAAUGCCGGACAUCCGACCCUCCAACAUCCACCCGGGCUCCCGUCGAUCCAAUAUGAACCUUCGACAUGGCUAUCAAUCCCUGCAAGCCCCUCGACCCUCCAGAACCUACCCACCAGGUGUCCAAAGUAUCUUUGCGAAUCAAGACUAUGGCAACAACGAGGCGACUCCUCCUGUGCCUUCGGUUCCUAAAGAGUAUUACGAUUCGAGUGGGUCGAACCCGAGUCCGAAUAUGCAUGGGAAUGGAGGCGAUCCGAGUCCGACGAGUGAGGAGAGUAUGAGUACGGGGGCGACAAGCUCGAUCGGUGGUGGGGGUGGGUUGAGGACCAUGUCGAGUAAAGAGGAGAUUGGGGCUUGGAGACGGUUUGAUGGGCAUGAGUGA